CAGUAUUUCUUAAUUCGCAUAAUCAUAAUAGCUUAAGACAAAACAAGUAGUGAAUAACUUUUGAACAACAGUUUUGGCACGUUUCAUCAAAAAUUAACUUAUUUAGACAAAAUUUAACAAAAGGAAAACGGAACUUAAAAGGCUUAUAACUUCAUCUAACGUAUCUUAAUAAAUACAGUUGGAUCAUAAAAAGAACAAACAAGAGACAAAAAUCGUUCGCACAAACAUUUUCAGGGAAUGAUCAAGGAUUGUUUUAUACAUGGAGUUGUUAAAAUGGAUUUAUUUGGAUGUUAUAGAUAAUAAGUGAUUUUUUAUUUAUUUUUUUAUAUUCAGCACGGCAGUGACAUUAAAGCCUGAGAAAAGGGGCAAUUGCAGCCAACGUCAGGGCUAGGCAUCUAAGAUAUUGAUGGCCGCCGGGACAACACAACCGGAUGAUUUGAGUACCCUAGAAGUUCUUGAUGAAAACACAAUUGUACACGCCCUUCGGGGCCGCUUCAUGCAAGAAAAAUUUUAUACCUACAUAGGGGAUAUACUUGUAGCUGUUAACCCAUGUAAGCCAUUACAGAUCUACAACACCAAAUAUCACAAUGACUACAAACAGUUGUUGGUGCGGAACUCCAGACCGCCUCAUCUCUUCUGGGCUGCUGACAAUGCGUUCAGAGAACUCAGAGAGUCGGGGAAGAACCAGGUCAUCAUGGUGUCUGGAGAGUCGGGUGCUGGAAAAACAGAAAGCACCAAAUAUAUGAUAAGACAUCUAAUGCACAUCAGUCCGAGCGAUGACGCCAAGCUGCUUGAUAAAAUAGUGCAGGUGAACCCGCUUCUGGAAGCCUUCGGUAACGCAGCAACAGUCAUGAACGGUAACUCUAGCAGAUUCGGCAAAUUCAUAGAGUUGUCUUACACCGAGAACGAUGUUCUUAUUGGAGCUAAAAUAGACGACUACAUUCUCGAAAAAUCUCGCGUUGUCCACCGCAGUCCGGGAGAGAAGAACUUUCACGUGUUUUAUGCUUUGUUUGCUGGAAUGUCACGUGAAAGGCUACUUUAUUACUUCUUGGAAGACCCCGAAUGUCACAGAAUAAUGCGGGACGCAGACCCUCGCCUUGGCGUAUUCCGGGAUCCGGAAGAAUUUCAGUUUUACAAAAGCAUGUUUUACAACCUGACAGAAAUAAUGACUGAAGUCGGGUUCUCAGAUGAGCAUAUUACCCUAAUAUUUUUGAUAUUGGCGGCCAUAUUGCACCUUGCAAACAUUGUGUUUGUGCCAUGUGAGGACACUGAUGGUGUAAGCGUAGUCGACGAGUAUCCUUUGCACGCGGUUGCUAAGUUACUUGGUGUAGAUGACGAGGUCCAGCUUACAGAGGCGCUCAUUUCAACUGUCAAUCAUAUAAAAGGAGAGAGAAUACAAUCGUGGAAGAACAUGCGGGAAGCCAAUGAUUGCCGAGACGCCUUGGCCAAAGAUUUAUACUCGAGACUGUUUGGUUGGAUCGUUGGACAAGUAAACAGAAAUUUGUGGAGCUGUGAGAACCGCGGUUCUUCACGUGGGCCGUCCAUUGGUCUGUUGGAUAUGUCAGGCUUUGAGAACUUCCCUUGCAAUGGGUUUGAUCAAUUCCUCAUCAAUGCAACCAACGAGAAAUUGCAGAUGUACUUCAUGGACUAUAUAUUUCCACGAGAACAACGGGAUUAUGAGCUUGAGGGGAUUGCAUGGACAGACAUACAUUACCAUAGCAACGAAGAUGUUCUGGACUUGCUUUUCCAGAAACCACAUGGCAUAAUGCCCCUCCUUGAUGAAGAGUCCCGUUUCCCGCAAUCCAGUGAUUAUACUCUGGUACACAAACUCAAGAAUUAUUGCUCAACAAAUAAACGCUUCAUACCGCAGAUGGGGGAUAAAGUUUCUUUCGGAAUCAAGCACUAUGCAGAAGAUGUUUCAUACGACGCUAACGGAUUUCUGGAGCGCAAUCGCGACAAUCUGAACCAGGAUCUGGUCUCCUGCUUGUUGAACAGCAACAACGAGUUUAUACGGGAUCUGUUCUCAGCUUCCAUGUCGGCAACAGGAUCUAUAGCGGAUUUUGCCCGGCAAUGCACCAGCAGACCAAAACUUCCGACAGAAUGGCCAUCAUCUUUAGACCUAAAGAAACAACUGAAAGAAUCUGUAUCGAGAAAGGCGUCUUUGCGCAUAAAGACGAAUAGGCCCAGGAACCUAUCCGGUGACACAUUAGAUAGCAUAUCAAGCGCAAGGUCAUCCCCGACAGUAACUGCCCAUUUCAAGCGGUCACUGACUGACCUCGUGGAAAAGCUGAAUUUGGCUCAGCCCUUGUUUGUGAGAUGUGUGAAACCAAAUCAUCAUCUGUCGGCGAGUAAGUUUGAUUCGGAACUUAUUCGUCGGCAGUUGUCGUGUAAUGGAUUAAUGGAAUUAGCCCAACUCCGACGAGAUGGGUACCCAGUGAGGAUAUUAUUCGAAGAUUUCGUAAACAGAUACGGCCUGCUUCUUGAAGACUCGUUUUACGCUGGAGAUUAUGAGAAAACCAUCCAUAUACUAGAAAAUACAGGAAUUCAAGGAUAUCAGAUUGGCAGAACUAAGGUGUUUAUGAAAUCAUGGCAGAAGGAAGACCUUGAACAGUGUCUACGAACUAAGGUGGAAGAAAUCGAAAGGAUAAAACGUGAAAGAGAGCUUGAACGUCAACGUCAGCUGGAACUUGAGCUGGAACGUAAACGUAUUGAAGACGAGCAUAGACUUGCGUUACAGCGACAGCAGGAAGAAUUGGAAGAGUUAGAACGCCGGAGAGCUUCACGAGAUUCACUGUCGAUGACGUCAGAAGAUACGUCAUAUAUAAGUGAUGAUCAUAUCACAAGUACUCCAAGAAAGUCUGAAGAAAGUGAUAUCAACGGAUACAUCGGAACAGAUGUAUUGUUGAAAGAAAAACUUUCACAACUUCGAACAAAUGAAGAUGGAAUCCUUGAGGGCAUUGGAAGCCCCGUCAAACACGAUUCAGACAGUAAACUUCCUCGGUAUACGCCGAUGGGUCAGGACGGGUUGCCUACAAAGCGUCAACUCUCCAACACGUCGGAGGAGAGCAAAAGCACGACCACAGGCUCCUAUGAAUCAGACGUUACCAACGAGCAAUGGCGCCCGUACGAUAUUUUUCAAGUUUCGGAACGAGAAUUUGAAGAAAAUGAUGCAAUUUUCAAAGAAAUACUUAAGCUUGUGCGACUGGUCAUGUACUUUAUCAUGUUUGUUGCCAUCCUAGGGGGCGCUGUUGUUAACAAACUCUCCCUCAUGCUGCUUAUUUCCGGUGUAAACAAGGAUGAAGAAAGUCGAGGAGAACAUGUCACUACACUUCUUUUCUGUAUUUGCGGACCGAUGGCGUUUAACUGGUUUAUGUCGCUAAUGAAGACCUUGUUCGGAGGGAAAGAAUGGCCAUCAGUAAAAACCUUCCUAAUGUUACUGGUUCUCGAAUGUCUUCAAGCACUUGGGGCGUGUCUAAUCAUAUAUCGAGUUCUGCCAUCGACUGACAUGUUUCGUGGCCUUAUAGUCAGCUUUGCAGUUUGUCAGAUUCCGAGCUUACUGAAGGUCAUUGUCAGAGAACGGCGCCCAAACCCCAGUCUGAGCGAAAUUGUUGCUUUAGUAUUGAAUAUAGUGGCUUUUAUUGUACAAAUUGGCAUACUUCCUUUCUUGACUACCGGUCUGAUGAUGGAAGGCAACCAUACAAUAUUAGAGGGAGUUAACUCCACAACGUAUGAACACACGCCUGUAACUAUUGGUGGUCAUAUCGAGUGGGAACUGAUCGUCGGAUUGUUAUUAUUCUCCCUUGGUUAUUGGGAAAACUACGUUUCAGGCGACUGGACAAUCUGUGGAAAGUUUCGAAUACCAUUUAAACACUGGAGGAAGAUUUUACAAGAUUCACGAGACACUGUCAACAUUCUUGUCCUUCCGUGGAAAAUUGGCUUUAUGAUUCUCCUUUCACGUCUGCUGACAAAGAACACGGACUUCCGGUUAGCUUCGAGCGUAAAUGAGUACGACAAUACCACAGAAACAAGCCCAAUGAACAGCGUCGAGGACCAUUUCCAUUCAUAUAGCUUGAUGUAUUUGCAAAUCGGAUCUGGAAUUGUUAUAACCUACUUGUCUGGGCUUGCCUGUAAAUUGCACAUGCAACGAGUGGCAUUUUCUCUCUCCGUCACGCUUGCACCGCCGGUUACAUUAGCGUUGAUAUACCUGCAAUGUUAUUUUGAGUUUAUCCCAGCCCAUUGGCACAUGGGAGGAUGGUUCUGCCCUGGACACGAUAUAAAUGACCUGCUUAUACCAUUGGCAUGUGCUUUGGCUCUAUGGAUUUCGUACUGCAUAACUGUGUCGCACAUUUGGUUCCCACAAAGCGAAAGAAUGGCAAAACUAGAAAAGCUGUUUGUUACUCCACAUUUCGAUGGCAUUUUCCCGGAUUUCACCCUGACACUUCGACGUAGACGAAAUGACAAAGAAAUCAAACUUACUGGAUUCGAUACGUUCCGUUAUGUUGGGGAAGAAAGCUACGAGGAAGGUAUUUACAACACUAAGCCGAACGUAGUUCCGCAGAUCUACGCAUGCGCGACAAUGUGGCACGAAACUAGACAGGAAAUGACGCAACUGUUGAAGUCAAUGUUCAGACUGGACUACAAUCAUUGUGCAAGCCGUCUGGCUCAAGAAAAGUUCAAAAUCAAAGACCCCGACUACUAUGACUUUGAAAUUCAUAUCAUAUUUGACGAUGCGUUUGAACUAAAUGACGAUGUUGACAAGUUUGUACCGAACAGUUUUGUCAAGCAACUGAUGGAAUGCAUGGAAGAUGCUGCAAGAUCGGUAGUUAAAGGCCCGAUUCUUAUAUCCCCGCCUACAAAGUAUGUUACCCCAUAUGGAGGUCGACUGGUUUGGACCAUGCCGGGGCAUACCAAGAUGGUUGUCCAUGUGAAAGACAAGAACAAGAUUAGGCACAGGAAACGAUGGUCACAGUGUAUGUAUAUGUACUACCUUUUGGGGUACCGGCUCUUCGGAUCACGUGACAAUGACAAGGCAUUUACGGAGGAAACAGAGAGUCGAAUAUCAAAGGCCCGCAAUCGUAAGAAGGGCAAAUCCAAGAAAGACAACUUAUCCCGGCCGGUGAAAUCACUCUUCAACAAAAUGGACAGCGAAAAGUACGAAAAGGCUGAAAAUACAUUUAUUCUGACACUAGACGGCGAUGUUGAUUUCAAACCAGAGUCUGUGAAGCUGCUUGUAGAUCGAAUGAAGAAAAACCGGAAAGUUGGCGCUGUAUGCGGACGUAUCCAUCCAAUCGGAUCUGGUCCAAUGGUAUGGUAUCAACAGUUUGAGUACGCCGUUGGUCAUUGGCUACAAAAGGCAGCUGAACACGUGUUUGGAUGUGUCCUCUGUUGUCCCGGAUGUUUCUCGCUGUUCCGUGGCUCCGCCCUCAUGGACGACAACGUCAUGAAAAUGUAUACAACCAAACCCACAGAGGCUAGGCAUUAUAUACAGUUCGAACAAGGUGAAGAUCGAUGGCUUUGUACACUGCUUUUACAACAAGGACAUCGAAUUGAUUAUUGCGCUGGUGCUGAUGCCUUGACCUUUGCCCCUGAGACAUUCAACGAGUUCUUCAAUCAGCGUCGUAGAUGGGCUCCUUCAACUCUGGCAAAUAUGAUGGACCUUUUAUCGUCUUGGUAUGAUACGGUCCGGAUCAACGACAACAUUAGCCGACCUUACGUCCUCUACCAGUUCAUUUUGAUGGCAUCAACAAUCUUAGCUCCGUCGACAAUAAUUCUGAUGAUAACAGGCUCGUACCACUCUGUUCUUGGUCUUGGCAUAUGGGAAUCUUAUCUCCUUUCCAUUUUACCUGUUGGAGUGUACAUCACAAUAUGCAUGACGAUGAAAAGCGACCACCAAAUCACUGCCGCUGCUGUUCUUAGCGCAAUAUUUACUGUAGUGAUGAUGAUAGCAACAGUAGGCACAAUUAUCAGCAUUGUAACUGAAAAUUUCGGAAGUCCUAACGUUGUUUUCCUGACUGGUCUCGUAGGAAUAUUUACAAUAGCAGGUAUACUUCACCCUCAGGAGUUCUUCUGUCUGGUGUAUGGCCUUCUCUAUUUUCUAACGGUACCCUCCACGUUCAUUCUUCUAACCGUCUACUAUCUUUGUAACCUGAACAACGUAUCUUGGGGUACUCGGGAAACUCCGAAGAAACUCAGCAAGGAGGAAGAAGAAGAAAAAAGAAAACUAGAGGAAGAAAAGAAGAAAAAGAAAGAAAGUAGAUCUCUUCUUAACAGAAUCGGAUUGACUAAACUUAUAAAUGAUUUCAGAGAGCUAAUUCAAACAAUGGUUGGGAUAAAGGUUGAAAAGAAAGAACAGAAGACCACUGGAGUGCAGACUGAAGAAUGCAAACCUCCGACGCCAAUUCUGAAAGAUAAACCUUCACGUUUUGAAAGACAGAUUAGCAAACCAGUGACAAUCUUUGAAGACUUAACUCCAGCAGGAUGGGAACCGAACCCAGAGAGACCGUACUGGGUACACCUAGAGUAUAUGGGGAAUGGUAGCGUGGAAAAACUUGACGAAGACGAAAUUGACUUUUGGCGUUUUAUUAUCAAGAAAUAUCUACAUCCUUUAGAUGAAGACAAAAGCCAUAAGGAGAAAAUUGCCAAUGACCUGAUUCAGCUGAAAAACAAUGUUGUAUUUAUCUAUUUCAUGAUAAAUUUCCUCUGGACCAUAAUUACCCUUCAACUGCAGACAAUGGAAGACAAACUGAAGGACUUUUACAUAAUUCAGAAAUACGAACCUUUGUCGUUGAUGUUUUUAUCAGUCUUUGCGUUCUGUAUUACACUUCAAUUCGUCAGUAUGUUUAUACACCGCUGGGGAACAUUCUUGCAUCUGAUGUCGAGUACGAGAAUCGAUUGGUUCAAAAAUGUUUCCACUGAAGAGGAUUUCGUUCGCUUUGUUGUAGCUGAGGCGCAACGUUUACAACGAAUGGAACCAGCACCCGACUAUGAUGAACUUCCGCCUGACUAUGACGAUGAUGAUGAAGAAGACGAAACGGCAACCAUGACAACCAUGAGGGAAUCGGAAGCUCACUACAAUCAACUUCGUGAACCGGAACGUUUUACCGAGGAAAACCCCGAUUUGCACAUACCAGCUAGACACAGAUCUAGUAGAAAGAGCCGACAUGUAUCAAGCAAUUCAAGGCAAAAUGAUAUUCCAAUAUUACAGCAAAUUUUUGAAGACAGACUAGAUAAUAUUCAUAGAAAAUGGAAGCAAGGUUCUCUUGCCUUCCGAAAUAACCGGCCUAGUGGCCGUUUUGAAAGAAGUGACAGUCACCGCUUUUCAAGCAAAUUUAAUGACAUGAGGCAAAGAAUGUUAAAACGAAGUUUUAAGAAGAAUAGCAACGGCAGUGAUCAAGGACAAUUCAGAGGUGUUGUCGUAGAAACAUUAUGAGAUUCGUAUAUGUUUUAAACUGUACAGGUUUUAUUUUAAGAUAACAUGCCUUUUAAUUAUAAACCGUUUACUUAGUGAACCGUAAUGCCUGAUUGGUUCGAGAUAUUUAACAGACCAGAGGCAAAACAAUAUAUCGUCUUUUUUUCAUAAUAUGUGCUUUGUAAGGCAAAUUGAUCUAAUUGCUCAAUGUGAUAAUUAUUACAACUGUGUUUAAUAUUUUAGCGAGCAAGAAAUAUGGAGUAUUUAAGGAGAGCUGUAAUAUACACAAUGUGUUAUAGAACUGUUCUGUUCUAUAAAUAGAUCAAUAUGUUCUGUCUCCGUCCAGUCAAUGGAAAACUAAUUUCAAAUUAUUGACAAAAUAAAAAAAUAGUAUCAUUUUUAGAUAAAUGUCCGACAUAUCAACGCAGUAGAUAGAAUAUAGGACUCUUGUCGGGAUGUAUUAAGUUCGAAACCUCGGCGAUGCGUUUAUUUUUUCGAAGACGAUGUGACUAAGGUCAUUUUUUCUCCGUCUCUUGAUUCGUAUGGGGGGAGUUGUCAGUUACUUGCCUUGCGAUGGGAAGCUGUUAAUCAUUUUCAGGCUAAAACUGGUAAGGAUUCUUAGAACACUGGUUAAAUUAACUGAUGUAGUUAUAGUUGCGAAACACUUUUUCCUUUUUGUCGAAUUGAAAGUCACACUGAGUUUCAUGCAUGGGCAGGUACCUGGUCAGAACCACCGACCUUUUGUAAGCCAGCUAGAUGCCUGCCCCACACUUCUAAAUCCUUACCUAGGUAUCGAGCUCAAUCGGUAAAAAGCAAACGUUUUUAAUCUUUGAAUCGUUUAAAACACAUUAAUGUGCAUGUGGAUGAAAGUCGCAUUUUAUUUAACUAUGCUAUGCAAAUCUUAUUUGUUUAUAUUGUGCGAUAAGUUACAACAUGACGCUGGGAAGUCACCGCACAGCAUAAACCUUUGUGCUGUUUUGCACGUGUUAAAACAAUACAUUUUGAUUACAUAUAUACUAAUAAACAAGAUGUGAAAUCUU